CCUACUAUUUGGGAUGUGGGUGAAGGAGGUCAUAGUUCUCACUGAGUGAGACUUGCCUGCUCCUCUAGCACCCGGUCCUCUCCUGUUCUCCAGCAUGGUGUGUCUGUGGUUCCCUGGAGGCUCCUGGAUGGCAGCUUUGACAGUGAUACUGAUGGUGCUGAGCCCUCCUCUGGCUUUGGCCAGGGACACCCAACCACGUUUCUUGGAGUAUGCUAAGCAUGAGUGCCAUUUCUCCAACGGCACCGAGCGGGUGCGAUUCCUAGACAGAUACUUCUUCAACCGGGAGGAGUACGUGCGCUUCGACAGCGACGUGGGGGAGUUCCGCGCGGUGACAGAGCUGGGGCGGCCGGACGCCCAGCACUGGAACGGGCAGAAGGACUUCCUGGAGCAGACGCGGGCCGAGGUGGACAGGUACUGCAGACACAACUACGGGGUUAUCGACAGCUUCGCGGUGCAGCGACGAGGUGAGCGCGGCGGGGCGGCCAGGCGCGUGUUUAAGAGCAGCGUGUGUCGUGAGAGGGUGGACAGUGUGAGUGUGGUCGGGGGCGCCCGCGAGGCCAGGGUGGGCCAGAGAAACUGCGUUCGGGGCGCGCAGGAGACAGUGUCCGGGGUGGGUGCGGGGGCGCAGCGGCAGCGCCUCACGUCGUCCCCGGUGGCCGCGGGGGCUGGAGAUGCCGGGAACG